AUGCUCACUCUUCUUGUUGCCCCUUGGUUGCCCUCUGGUGUGCUGUCUGCAUAUCCACCAUGGACGUCGUCGUCGCCGGCGCCAGCGCCCAGCAGCUCCGGCUGCAGCGAGCUGAAAGCGUGGGAGGCGGCGGCCAGCCUCGUGUGCCGCAUCGCGACGGUGGGCCUGUCGCUGACGUCGGCGAUCAUGACGGCCGCCUCGACGCGGUGCGUGUACCGGAACGAUGGCAGCCCCGCCGGGAGCGUCUCCUACAGCGACUACGGCUCCUUCAAGUACUCGGCGGUCGCCAACCUGGUGUCGGCGGUGCUCCAGGGCGUGGCGAUCUGGCUGGAGGUAGUGGGGAAGGAGAGGCGGGCCAAGACCAUCGAUCUCAUCGACAAGCUCGUGCUGGCGCUCACCUCGACGUCCGCGCCGCAGCUGUUCGCCGUCGACAACAUCACCUCCUCCUGCGGCGGCCGGCGGCGCAGCCGCAGCAUCGUCUGCGACCAGGCUGGCAGCCUGUGCCGGCAGCUCCGCUUGGCGUCUCUCCCCUCCCUUGCGCGGUGGGCUUUUCCGCCGCCGCCGAGUACGCCAGGCGAGCGGCGGUGA